AAAAAUGUCCUUGAUUUUCAUUGAAAUGUAUGCAUUUGGAUGUUUUUAUCCAAAGCUAUUGGCGUUGUAUUUAAGGUGUAGAUUUGAUCCUGAUUGUCCCUGGGAACGGAACCAGUGACCUUGAUCCUGCUAGCUUCAUGCUUUAUUACACUUUUUUUAAACUGUACUGUAGAUAACACUGUUUCAUACUGUGCUCCCAUAAUCACGAAGACCCUAGAAAUAGCAGGGGACUUUCAAAAGUUAUUUAAAUGCAAUCCAUGAUUUUAAAACCAAAAUACCUUCGAGUAUGAACAACUGGGGAAAAACUAUGGUAAUCGUCUAAAAGCUUGGCUUCCAGGGCCAGUUCAGUAUGAUUGUGGCAUUCAUUCACUCCAGCCUUAUUGCAUGCUCUUCUGAAAGCCCACUUAUCAUCCAAAAAUCCUCCAGUUUAACGUCCUCGUCGUUCCCCCUGACGGCCGUACCUGAGCACUCAAAGUGGCCAGUUAGAGCAUCAAAAGAGAAGAUUGCAUGGCUAAUGCAGGGAAAGGUGUGAGAUUUCUCGUCGGCCCAUAGCGGGGGGGCUCUUUAUAGACCCCACAGCCGUCUGAUCCCAGCCCGGAGCGCCUGUGUAUUGGCAGCUGUUAAGCUAUUGAGUGACGCUACGUCCACGCGGGGCCGCGGCAAAUGGCAGAGGCCGCUAACACCUCCAGACUCGAGCGUCUGCGAUGCGGAACGGAUGCAGAGUUGAGCCGGAGGAGAAGGAAGAAGAAGAAGAAGAAGACGACGACGUGCCACGUUUGAUUCUCCCAGCGUUUCUUGUAUUUAAAUGCCUUUCCGAUUGAAACGCUUCGACUCUCAGAUAAAGAAACCUCUCUGGGAUGUAAAGCGAUUAGCUUGGCGUAAUAACAAAGCACGAUGUGAAGGGUCUGGUGAGCCAGAAAGCAGCGUGUGUUGUGGUCUUGGCCGUGACAUUGCCACUUCCUCCAGUUUGUCCUCUCUCUCUCUCUCUCGCAAACUGUCACCCCGUCCUAAAAGCCAGCAGCAAAACUGGUUGGAGAUCAGCUGCCGGAGUCCCAAAGCAGACCCCCGGAGCCCAGCGUGAGCUCGGUGCGUCUCAGCGGGGCUCUCUUGAUCCCUGUGGGGUCUACAGUAGGAAACCUCCUGUAACGUUUAGCUACGACACUUCAGCUAACCAUACGCUUCCUCUAAAGAGCAACCAUGUGUUUUCAGUUACACAUUAAUGAUGUUUUAACCUGAUCAAAGGGGAUAUGGAUCGUUUUAUGACGCCCUUCACAGAUUCGGAGGGUUAAGCAAAAGUCAUCGAGGUAAAGUUUGACCUUUUGCGACUCGCCGGGUCGCUAUAUUCAGCCUUAUAAGAGGAGGACUAAAGAAAUAUAUGAAAGCGACUCGAAGGGUAAGCAUUGAGGGGAAUGAUUACCGUAAUUAAACCCAUCUAAUGUGUCUGAUUUCCAAGCGUGUAAGCACCUCUCAGGUGUUAAUAAGCCAGCGAGUUCAUGUCUCACAUGCCUGGCUUUAAAAUGGAGGCUGGUGUCCGUUUCAACGACUGACUUGUUUCAAAUGACAGCAUUAGCUCUUCACACGCUAGCUUACGCUAAGCUCAUUUCUCCUGAACCUGAUCACCCCGAGAAAACAGCACUAUUUUAGGAGGUGGAUGAAAUCAUAUAAUUUAUACAAAACGUAUGAUCUUCGAGGCAGAUGACCAUAGGCAGAUCCCAAUUUUGUUCCCAGGUCCCUUUGGCAGACCCAUGGAUAGUUUAUUUAUUUUUUUUAAUCUUCCACAUUUCGCCGCCUCAUCUAUGCAUUAUUUUUCCACAUAAACGUCACACUUUGUCAGUGUAAGAGGUCUGUCUUGUGUCAUUUAGAAAAACUUAAAAAAAACUAUACCUAUUCUGCCUUUUCUGGAUGUCAGGAUCCUGGCGGUAUUCUUAGCAAGACACACCAGAUGUUAAACAGGAACAAACCUGCUGAAAUGCAGCUGAUUUUACAGUCAUUUGACAGUUGAAUAUACUAUAGUUGUUUGUGGACUGAUUGUCAGCCACGUUCACAUUGAGUCAAGUUUGUCCAUUUUAAGUUUAUGAUUAAAAAGCAUUACUUUAGAUCAAUGAUUUGUUCUUGUUCUCACACUUACAAAUCACUAUUGGAUCUAAACGGGUUGAAUGGCUGUUGAUGGCUAUUAAAACCAUUAAAGGUCAUUAAAAAAGGACUUUUUGCUUUGGAAGUCUAAACGGUUAUAAAAGUUAAAAGAAUAAUUUCACUUUCAUUAGGAAACUGAGUGCAUGAUUCAAUUUCAGUAGUACCUGAAUAAAACAAAUUCACAGAAACAUGUGAUUGAAUUUAAAGGGCAACUCCACCCAAAAUUGAGCACUUUGUCAUUAAUCACUCCCGGUUUUCAUCCAAAAUGUCUUAAAUUGUGUUUCGAAGAUGAACGGAGCUUUUACGGGUUUGGGUAACGACAUGGGGGUUAAGUGAUUCAUGACAACCCUUUAAUUACCGAAUACUGUAGUAAAUGCCGAAGUCACACUCAAGUCAUUUAGACCAACCACAAACCUAUUCUAGUGUAAAAUGUAUGAAAUGUGUCGCUCUGGUAAUGCGUAAUAAAAGCUCUAAUACGAGUGGGCUACCGGUGGAUUAGGUUUAGAAAAACUACACAUUAGUCUGAUGGAAAUGUGUGCGUAACCUCAGUGGAGUGAGGAGAGCCACACGCCAUGUGUGAAUCAUACUGACCGGUAUCAGCUGAAGGCAAUGAAACCUGGUCAUCGCACCUUCAUGAUGGAAAGAUAGCUGAACGUGUGUUGGGCUAAUGUCUUUCUUCUGCCUAUUCCUCCAGGUUUAGGCCUCUCGAUGUUACUCUCCAGAGCGACCCUGAGGUGUGAAGGAUUUACUUUGUGUAGAUGAUUUUGAGUGUAAGGCUCAAAGAUCUUGUAGUUCAGCCAAUAUCCCCAAUCGAUACGCUUUUGAGUGCUUUUAGGGCUCGUAAAAAAGGCAUUUCUGAUUUAACUGCUGCUUUAAGAACAAGCCACUAAACAACGACAGUCAAAACGAGCUUUAGGUUAAUUUGCUGUUGAUCAAUAGGAAAAAAUGCACUCAAGACCGCCUUUGAGUUAGAAGUGCUGUUAUAACACAUUUAUUAUACAUUAAUAGCCCGUUUAUGAUUGCUUCUUUGACCAGGAAGAAACAUUAUUAUCAUGCGUCUAGCUUUAUUUGCCAUAUGCCAUUUUAAUUUGACUUUAUAGACGUGAAAAAGGAGAUGGACAUCCAUCUCUUUCAGUGCUUAUACAUAUUCACAGAGUGUAUCAGCAAUGCAACAUUAUGUCGUCACGCGAAUGGUCUUUUUUGGGGGGGGUCUUUUGUAUACGGCAGUAUUUGUUCUCAAAUGCUUCAGUCCUUUGAGAGUUCUUGCAAAUGUAGGAAAUGGUGGUGAUUAAGAGUCUGUUUUGCUGGAGUUAGAGUUUAGCAUAAGAAAGAGUUGUGCUAACAGUGCUCUAUGCCAGGGUGGAGAAACAGAACAAACUGUGGAUUGUGUUUUCUGAUGACUAAAACAUCAUCGGUUCUGCCUCUGUCUCCUUCAAUUCCUGUUUUAAAAACACCCUGAAGCAAGUGCACGUGGAAUCAACCCUAAAGGUUUCGAUCUGGGUCCAGUUUGGAUUGAAAUCACCUAAGAAUUAUGUAAGAUCCUACCUAAAGGAGGGAAAACAAUUCUCCCAGUAUUAAUAUUUAUUGAGUUGUUAAUAUUCCUAAUAUCUUUAUUUGGUUUGUCUGUAUAACUGUGUAAAAAGGCGGCAGCACUUGAACUCACAUGAUCAAUGUCACAAAUUUGCCUAGAAGUUUUUUACAUUUGCUAUUUGUUAUAAACAUUUACAUUUUAAAAAUUAUAAAUUAUAAUCCCGGAUAUUUAAUGAAACCUCUAUCAAAUUCACAUGGUAAAUGUCUCUAAUUUGCCUAAAAAUAUUGCAGAAUCUUUAAUACAUUUAAAACGUUUUAUUAAUUCAAAUGUUUUCUGUUUGUCAUAACUUUAAUUUAAAAAAUCUUUCUUUAUAUGUUUAAAUGUGAAAUGAUUUUCAAUCUUUUACAAGAUCAAUGUCACAAAUAUACCAAGGUAUGGUUUAGAAUCUUUUAUAUUACAAAUUUUACCUAUCACAAAUUUUAUUAUAUGCCGUAACUGUAAUUAAAAACAUAAAACUUUAUUUUUAUUUUUAAUUUGGAAUUCUCUAUUUGACCCCAUUGUAUAGCUAAUGUUCACGCUUCCCCAUAGCAUCCAGUACUCUCUACCUUCUCAAUUCUAAUUAUAUUUUAAAAAUAUAUAAAUCAAGCCUUCCGGUCUUCAGUUUAAAGACACAUCUGCUUGCAGAUCAAUUUGUGAACAGUCAGUCAAACACUUCUUUCAGCCUAUAGUCACAAAUACAUAACAAUGCCUGAUAGUCACACAACUAAACUCUCCCUAUUCUAAAAAAAAAAAAAAAAAAAAAGACAAGAAAACUCAGGUAAGUGGUGCUUACUGGCUGUGAACCACUAAAACAUUCACAUUUCUUUUGGAUCCAUCUUUCUUUUUUUUUCUCUAUCUAUCAAUCCCUCUUUAUGUAUCUCUGCCUGUAUCUCUCUGCAUGAAUAGAAAGCCUGCUGCCUUCAGAGAGCAUUUCUUCCUAAUGAGAUUAACCAUCAAGGAACGGUCAUGUCUAGACACCCUGAAUACACAACCCCCUCCCUCCACACACACACACCUCCUCAGGUAAACCUCACCUGUAGAUUUGCUCCAGGCAUUGCUUUCUGCCAUAACUCUAUAAUGACUUUACGUGGCGCACUUUCACUGAGACAUUCAAAGAGACGAUUCAGUCAGAAUCAUGCGUUUGAUAUUCCAUAAUGUAUUUGGGAAAUCUCUCAAAAUAGCUUGUUUUUGAAUCAUUAAAACAUACAAAGAGCUUAAAACAUUCUCUAUAAAAUGUUCUUUGUGGGCGUCCAUGGUUUCGAGAAGAACAUUCAACGUCCAUGGAACUUUUCCAUUCCAUUAAAGGGUCCUCACCAAGAAAAAUGAAUUCUCUCUGGGGAACCAAAAUGUUUUUUCUAUGGCAUUGCUGCUGCAAAAUCUUUUGGAGACUUUACUUUAAGGAAUGUAAAAUCGAUCCUUUGAACACAAAGAUUCAAAUAAAGCACCAAAAAUGAUUUUUGCAGCAUGCCAGAAAAUGUUUAAAGGUUUAUAAUUCUCAAAAAGAAAAAUCAGUACUUGAACCUUUUUAUUUUCUCUCUUUAAAAAAGAUGAUUCCUAGAAUCAAAAGUCUGUAUACAGUAUCAAGAAUAUUUGAAUCUCAGAAGAACCAUAUAGUCACCGCAAAUACUAAUUGUUGAUAAGACUGUUGCUUAGGGCUUCAAAGAACCGUUAAGAAGCUUUAGUUUUAAGACCGUAUGUCAAUAUUGGUCCCAAAACUGCUGUUAAACAACUGCUGACAAAAACCAAAGGUAAUGAAGGUCAAAAUGGUUCUGUGUGGUCUUUUGUAGUUUCUUCAUGAUUAAAGAGGAAUGUUAGCAAAGUUGUGAAAGCAUUUACAUUAAACUCAAUGUGAAGGCCAAGAUUGAAACAUAUGAAAAGAAAAAAGUUCAGAAGAACCUCAUACUGUAGUGACAACUUCAAUUGCAUUUCAAAUUAUUUGCCAUGGUCUGACCUGGUUGUAAAAAUCAAGACCCGGUGUCUGUAGCAUCAGUGAGAAUUAGUGGAUACGUGUGUGUGAAUUAGCAAACGCGAGCGCUGAGUGUGUCAGAUUAUGUUUGCGUGAAGUCUUUGCUCUUCCUCACAUUAGCUGGAUUAAUGAAGGGAAUUUUUGUGCUCGAUUUGCUGUCCUGUAUGCUCUGGGCCUGUGCGUAUUUGCUUAAAAGUCCUUUAGCAGUUCAUAAAGACAUGUUUCCUCUGCUUGUCCCCUUCCUGUUGGGACUCUAUCAAGGCUCUGCUAACUCUCUUUGAUUCUGUCCAUCAGCCAAUGAGAUCAUGACAUUGACUCAUCACCGUGUCACUUCAAAGGCUGGCAAUGGGGGUCCAAGCCCCACCCACAUUCAGAUCCCACUUAAAGGUGUGGGACACCCCCUCUGCAUCUGUGGCAGAAGCAACAGACACAACACAACACUGAACCCCUUCAUCCUUGGACUUAACGUUAUGGAGAGCUUGUAUUUUUGAUUGAAACAUCUAGAUUUUGCUCAUUCACAUUUGCUGUUUUUGGUCCGUCGCAUUCUCUUCUGGAGGACAUCUUUUGAGAAGCCUAAAUAAUGCAGGCUAUCAGAGGUGAGUGCUUGUUUUAACUCUUAACGCAACUUGGAGGUCUCUUGCAGGCUCUUUUUGCACUGGAUGAAAAACCAAGAAAAUCUCAAAAUAUCCCUUCUUUCCUCAGACCUCAAGCACAAUUUCAGUCUCCCUCCUCCGCCUUCCAUGGCUGGAGCCGGCGAUUCCUAUCAUCAGGGCAACAUCCGGAUGACUCUGGAGGAUCCCGAGCUGUGGAGAUCCUUCCAUGAGAUCGGCACCGAGAUGAUCAUCACCAAACCUGGCAGGAGGAUGUUUCCACACUGCAAAAUCAGCUUGUCUGGAUUGGUGCCUUAUGCGAAGUACAUCUUGCUGGUGGACAUGGUGCCAGAAGAUGGCCUGAGAUACAAGUGGAACAAGGACAAGUGGGAGGUCGCUGGUAAGUCCGAGCCUCAGCCGCCCUACAGGACAUACCUACACCCUGAUUCUCCAGCGCCCGGCAGCCACUGGAUGAAGCAGUCCGUGUCCUUCCUCAAGCUCAAGCUUACCAACAAUGCCCUGGACCAGCAUGGACACAUUAUCCUUCACUCCAUGCACCGCUACCAUCCACGUUUCCACAUCGUUCAGGCCGACGAUCUGUACAGCGUUCGCUGGAGCGUCUUCCAAACCUUUACCUUCCCCGAGACGUCCUUCACUGCCGUCACUGCAUACCAGAACACGAAGAUUACAAAGUUGAAAAUCGACCACAACCCCUUUGCCAAAGGAUUCAGAGACGAGGGCACAAACUCUAAAAGACGAGCAAACAGAAGUCUGGCUGAUCCCGAAAGAGUUGCAAAGAAGAUGAACUUGUCAAAAGAUUCAGAACACGGAAGUCCACGAGAUAUGCAGCAGUCCUCAUGCGAGGGUCUGGAUGACGAACACGUGGGCCGUAAGGACUCAGAGGUGAAGGCCGAGCGGUACUCCCCAUGGGGAGGCGCGUGCGACCGGGACAACGGCCACGCUCUCCGUGCGGAGUCCCCUCUGGGCUCGGACCCCCGGGACAUUUACAGCUCCGAGCAGCUCGUACCGGGACAGAACACGUACCAGCCUUACAGAUUUCAUGAAUAUGGCAAGUCGCCCUCGCCGUCCUCCUCCAGCGUCGGCAGCAGCAGCAGCGGAUGUGGAAGCCGCUCCAGCUUCGAGUCCCGAGUGCCGGACGUUGCCACCGUGCCCGAUCAGGACACCUCCAGCAAGCCCUCCGCCCCCGAGUUCGGCCUGCCUCCCUGCCCCGCAUCCCCAGCGGGACCCCAGGAAUACGCAGGGGUGCUGAACAUGGCCAUAGCCCAGGCCAAGCCGGGCAUGCUGGGCCCCCAUCCCCUCUACACGGCCUACAGCACGGAACAGUCUCUGGGACAGUGGAGCGGGGCGGCCUCCGGUCAGUACCCCCCUCCUCCUCCGCCCCAUCACCACCUGCCCACCGAAUACAGCACCCAGGCCGUCCAUCACGGCUAUCACCACGGAAACGUAGGAGACUGGAGCCAGUACCCGCUGUUCUCUUACUCGUGCUGGUGAGCGAGAGACGAGACGCUUUCUAAAGUCUUGCACGAGGAGGUCUGGAUCGGACACCUGCGAGCGCCAGAUGAACGCUGAGCGAAAACGUAAUGAGGACGCGCGUGGCACUAGCUCGAAUGUCGUUCGUGAGUCAACUUGGAUGCAAAUAGAAAAUAAAUAACCUGCUUCGGUUUAACUGAAAAAAAAGGCUGAUUUGCGUGUCUCUGGUUUCUGUGCUCGUCAAUAGUGCCGCAUUAAACACAUUUGGAAAUGGACUUUUGAUACCCUUUGACUUGAAAACUCAUGCCUGCGUACCGAGGACCAAGAACGGACCGGUUUUCUUGGCUUUGUUGUUAAAAUGUCUAUUUAUUCUGUGUUUGCGUUUGCUGCUACUUAAUAUUAUUUUUGUUAAAAAAAAAAAAUUGAAUCGUUUAGUGUAAAAUGCUGUUUGGAAAUGACAAUGUUGUAUGUCUGAAAUUCAGAAUGAUCAGUAAAUAUCUUCGAAGA